GCCUGGCGGAUGGUCAACCGUCUGCUCGACUUGUCUCAGUCUGAAAUUCAGUUCGCGCUUUUUCAGUAGAACAUUACGCGUGUUCCGUACGUUCUACCACCGCGGCGGAUGUUUUUUCAAUCACUACUCUUAUCACGUUUGUAAAAUUAUUAGUUAUCAGAGUGACUUAAAAAUGAUUAAAUAAUUAAUUUUAUCUUCUUUUUAUUGGACAAAAAUGGAAAGAAAAAGCUGUUCAGAAUUGAUUCGCUAAUAAUUCAACGAUAUAAGUUACUGAAUCUUCCUCUAAAAACUUGAGCUAUGUUCCGCCCUUCUCUGUUCCGCGGACUGAGUUUGGAGACACCAGACGUAACCAGCUAUGGACUUGCCAGGAGCCGGCGCGCGUCGCUGUCUGCCGAGCAGCGGCGCAAGCUGAGCAUGCUCCGCACCAACAGCAUCCCCUCGCCAUUGACUCCGGUGAGCCACAUUUACCAUUUGGUACCCUGCCCGAGAAACUGCUGUACUCAGAAAUACGUCGUGAGCACGGAUCGCAGCGGAGACAUUCAUGUCCAUGUACAGGGAGAUUUGAGUCAACAAGACAAAAGAUGUGUAUUCCUUACGGUACACGACUUGGGUACCAAUCAUUCGUCUAUCGUAGACUUCAUAUCUACCCCAGCGAUGAGCGAGAUAAAAGAGCGAUCCUGUUUCAUCCAUGUGGAUGUGCCAGGCCACGAGGAGAACUCUCCAGAUCUCCCUGACUCCUAUCAAUUUCCAUCACUACAGACCUUAGGUGAAGAUAUUAUUACUGUGUUGGACUUCUUGCACGUUCGAUACGCCAUUGGCCUCGGCGAAGGCGCCGGAGCGAACAUCCUCGCUCGAUGUGGCCUCGCGCACCCACGAAGACUCCUUGGCCUCAUCCUGGUGAACUGUACGGGGUCUACGUCAUCAGUAGCUGACGCUUUCCGCACUCGCUUCUCCCGCUGGAGAGGCGCUGACAUCUCGCAGUCUGAGGAAGAUUUUCUCAUCUAUCACAAGUUUGGCCACGUGAGUUAUACACAGGAUGUAGAUUUUAAAUAUCAGCAAAUAUCCAGUGAAUCCAUCGAGGCGUGCGAGCGAGAGCGUAUGCUGACAGAGUACCGCUCCAGGCUGCGAGGCAAUCUCAACACUCACAACAUUAAGUUGUACGUCAAGGCGUUCAUAAACCGCAAAGACCUAGUGCUUCGGGGCUGCCAAGCUGACAUCCUGCUGAUCACGGGCAUGCUUAGUCCCUACUCAAGCGUGGUGGAGAAGCUGUACAAAGAGCUAGAUCGCGACAAAGUCACCAUUCUCAAAGUGGAAAAAGCCGGAGAUGUAUUAGCUGAAGCUCCGGCAAAAGUGGCCCAAUCGCUGCUGCUCUUCUGCCAAGGCCAGGGUCAGCUGACGUCACUGCCCCCACCAGGCGUGGAAAGGCGCAUGUCUCGUGCCAUGUCCAUGGAGGAGUACGACAAGCCCAACAUCAGACGGCUGUCCCUCACGCCCAGCGUGUCUGACUCCCCACCCCCCAGGAAAUUGUAGGGUAAAGCCGUGGCCGACUCGCUACCCGAGUAGGCAUGAGGCUGGGAAAAUGAAACCACCGAAGAAAGAUAUGGAAAGAGUAAAUUUGGUGCCGUUUCACAAUCAGGAUACAUGGUUAUCUUAACGACAAUUUAUUUAUUCUUCUAGUUCAUACUGUAGGAAAGUAGGUCGUUAAAACAACGUUUCUAAGCCUUGCUGCAUAGAGAUGCUAGGAGGGAGACCUAUUAAACUGUAUAGGUAAUACAUUAUCAAACAUUACAUGAAAUACCAUAAUUUGUACCUACGAUUAUAUAUCUAUAUGAUUUCUAUUGCAAAUAUGAAUCUAUUUUUAAAAUUUAAAGCUACCUACUAAAUGAAUUUAGUAUUAGCUUAGUAAUAAUGUAAUAUUAUUUAGUAUCGUAAUUAUAUUGUUUACUGUUGUAAUAAUGUAAUCAUAAGUCGACCUUUUGUGCCAUACAGAUUAUAUACAUAUAUUGUAUAGAUAAACUUUUUCUCCAUAAUGCAUAUAGGUUAAACGAGUUUUGAUUUGUCGAAUAUUCAGAUAUUGAUUUGUGUAGUGUAUUACAACUUUACUUACAUUUUUCAAGAUUUUUUCCACAGGAAAGAAUCACCUGUUAUUAAGCGUUUUACCUCUACUAUUACCUGUUAUAUAUUAUCUUUCGACAUUUAUUAUCACAAAUUAAACGUAGAUUUGUUAAAAUGUUUAUUAUACUCGUUGUUGGUUUGAAAUGUUAGGUUUAGCAAUGUUAACAGGCAAAUUACGUGUCUAUUGUCAUAUAUAUAUAUAUAUAGAAUGAUCCAUACUAUAUAAGUCAUUUUAAAUUGCGGAAACUUGAACCUAUUAUAAAUAUUUUCUAGAGAUAAAAUAACAUAAAUGUUAAAUAAGUAAAAUAUGAGUAAUUGUUAAUGUGAAUUUUUUUAAUUUAAGUAUUUAUGAGGGAUUUCCCCUCAACAAAUAUAUAGGUAGAUAGGUACUUCGGUAUUUAUGUGCCCUUAUAUCUAGAAUGGCGCAUGAUAAAAUUCACCGCUAGGUGUGGCUAAUAAGAAAAUAUUAUGAUGUACCUAGUUAUUGAAUGAAUAAAUUACAAAUAAAUAUUUUUUAAUGUUCUAUUUGCUUUAUUAUAGAUAUGAAGGCUGAUCACAGAGCAUUACUACCGUCCUGUUAUACCUCGAAAGGAUCUCAAUGUAAAUCGUUCAACCAUUGAAUUAAUUAUUUUUUUCAACAACUUGCUUAGCUGAUACUCGCGACUUUAUAAGCUUUAUAAGAGACUAAGUAUGUAAAUAAUGUCUAUGUCAGUUUUUAGCUCGUUCCUUCUAUUAUUGAGGACUAAACGGAGACUCCGUAUUUUGUCUAAAAAAAAAUUCUACCUUUUAAAAAUUCUUGAAAAACUACCCAUAGUUAGUUGUCCUGUUCCAGUCAACCGAAUUUUUUUUCAGGUUUAUUUUAGUUUUUACUAGCUGUUGCCCGCGACUUCGUCCGCGUAAAUUUCGAGUUGAAUCUUGAUCAUACAGUCAGACACAGACAGACAGACAAAAAAAGUAAAAAAAAAUUCUCUAUCCGUUUCAAUCAAAAUAUUAAAUGUACUGACAAAAUAUUUUUACCGUUUUAUU